AUGGAACUUCGUGCUAAAGCAAGUAGUUGCUGUAAAUUUCCCGCAUUUUUCUCCAAAACUAUAUUACGAAAGUGUAAAAGUCAGGCUCUCGUUAAGAAGGAAAAUGGUAAAGAUGUGUUCUACGAAGACUCGUGCUUUUUAGAUUGUGUCUUCAAAACAUCAGGGCAUUCUACGAAAGGAAAUCUCUCGGGGCAGUUCAUACGAGAUGCUUUGCCGCCGCACUCGUUGGAAAAUCCGUUAACAAUCAUCAAUUGGUAUCAUUUCGCUGACAUGAUGAUGGCACAAACUUGCAAUAUACGAUGGUUUACAGCUGGAACAAUUCAACGUUUCACCGCCAUCUACAAAAAAGCUCUCGCCAACAUCGAUGCAAAACGCCCAAUUUGCAACAUCCGGAUCGCUGGCUUUUGGGAUUGCAUGUACAAUCAAUUGAUGGGACAAUGCUUGUACGAAAUGUUGACCCAAACUGAUGCAUGCACGAAAAUGAGAACACGAGCCGUACAAUGUACUUGGUGGUAG